AUGUUAUCCCUGUGGAACCCAGUGUACCUCGCUGAAAUAGAUUUAACAAAGACCUUUGAAGCCAAAAUCCAGCACCUGGAGACACGACACGGGAAGAAGGGAACUGGAGCAAAUUCGGACUUGGAAUACUUUGUACGCUGUGAGGUUCAUCGCACAGACCUUGGCACAUUAAUGAGCUCUAUUAGAAGAGUGUCAGAAGAUGUAAGGACCACUAAGGAGGUGAAAGUUCACUGGUUUCCAACUAAAAUUACAGAACUGGACAAGUGUCACCACUUGGUGACGAAGUUUGAUCCAGACCUGGAUUUAGAUCACCCGGGUUUUUCUGACCAGGAGUAUCGCAAAAGGAGGAAGAUGAUUGCUGACAUAGCCUUCACCUGCAGGCAUGGUGAUCCAAUACCCCGAGUGGAGUACCUGCCAGAGGAAAUUGCAACCUGGAAGGAAGUUUACUCCACACUGAAGAGUCUGUACCCUACCCAUGCCUGUAAGGAGCACCUUGAUGCCUUCUAUCUGCUGGAGACCCACUGUGGGUAUAGUGAGGACAACAUUCCACAACUACAGGAUGUGUCCUGCUUUCUAAAAGAAAGGACUGGGUUUCAGCUGCGCCCUGUGGCUGGGCUACUAUCUGCUCGGGAUUUCCUCUCCAGUUUGGCUUUUCGUGUUUUCCAGUGCACCCAGUAUAUUCGACAUGCAUCUUCACCGAUGCACUCGCCGGAGCCAGACUGCUGUCAUGAGCUGCUGGGGCAUGUGCCCAUGCUGGCUGAUAAAACAUUUGCUCAGUUUUCCCAGAACCAAAGAGCGUUUGAUUUUGUUAUUCAAACCUCGGACAUUCCAUGCCAGAAAUUUCAGAUUAAUCAUGACCCCAGGUGUCUGCAAGAACCAAAGUCUCUAGAGGUGAUCAAAGAUUAUUUCAAGGGAAACAUUGACAUACCUCCAGUACCAGAGGACUGUCUGUGUGCUGACACUUGCCGAUGUCAGCAGCAAUGA